UUCAAUUCUUGGAGUUUGGCGGGUGGCGCUAGUACUUCCCUUUUUGUUUCAUUGUAGAAUUCAGAAAUGAUAAUAAUUUAAUUUAAUGAAACAAGUGCUCCUGAAUCUUAAGUGUGAACCCUAUAGUUUAUUACUUGAUCCUCUAACCAUACCGCUCAAUAAGAAUGCCCAAUGACAAAGAUGGACCAUUGCCCGAAGGAUGGGAGAUGAGGAAAAGCCGAUCAACAGGUAUGGCUUAUUUUCUCAACACUUAUACAAAGAAGUCUCAGUGGGAACGGCCUGAUGCCCCUGCAGACCCAGGUGAGGUCAGAUGCAGCCACAUUCUAGUUAAACAUGCGGGUAGCCGUCGCCCCUCUUCCUGGCGUGAAGAAAACAUCACUCGUAGUAAAGAAGAGGCUCUGGAAAUCCUAAAGGGAUAUAGGAAGCAAAUUGUUGCAGAAGAAGCAACCUUUGUUGAUAUUGCUUCAAAAUACUCUGAUUGUUCUUCAGCUAAGCGUGGUGGUGAUCUUGGUCUGUUUGGUCGAGGACAGAUGCAGAAGCCAUUUGAAGAAGAGGCUUACAAGUUAAAAAUUGGUCAGCUCAGCAAGCCUGUUGAAACUGACUCUGGAGUACAUAUAAUUCUCCGAACUGCUUAAUUUGUCUUGAAAUGAUCUUGUAAUUUUGUAAUGUUAAGAAUGACAUUUUAAAAUAAAGUUAUGUAUGAAAACUAUUAUUGCAUUACAGCUUUAUAUAUAUAAUAAUAUAAAGUAUUUUUUUGGAACAAUAAUAAUCAGCCCGCCCAGAACUAUAUAAAAGCCACAAAUAGUACAAUUUUUUACAGUUUAUUAUUUUAAAGAAACAUGUCUUGAGUUAUACUUUCUAUAUGGCUUUGAGUUACUAUGCUAUUUGAAAAUUUUUGCACUUAAAAUUAACAUGUAUUCCAGGUAAAGCUAGUAGUCACAUGAAUAUAGAAGUAGGAUAGGAUCAUAAAAUGUGUGCAAGAAAAGUUGUAUCUUGAGAUAUAUGAGGUUUUUAAUGUACCUAUGUGCAUAGUUAGGAGUCACUUUAUAUUAUAAGUUAAAUGUUGCUACAUUAGUAAAGUUCUUUGAAUUUUAGUAUAAGUUUCUGACAGGGGUGUGGCUGCAUUUGUAACAUUUUUAAACAAUUAAUUUGGUAGUUUCAUUAAACACUCUUUCAUAUCUAGGUUUUCAAUAUUAUUGGAAUAUUGAAAACCUUAACGUAAACAGUUUAAAAAGAUUAAUUGAAAGUAGCCAAAAUGUUGAUAGUGUGUAACAUGUAUAUGUAAGCUUGUUUUUUACUUUUCGAGGAAUUGCUUGAAAAAUUUAAUGUUGUUCUUUUAUUACAGUUGGCACCAUUACUCUAAAUGAGUAAGAAAUAUUAGUCUAAUUAGUGGCUUCAAUUAUACUGGUAUCUAAAACUUUAUAUAAGUCUUAUAAAGUAAUGUUUAAUAAGUUACACACUUUCUAUUAAAUUUCAUACUGUAACUGAGUAGUGGCGCCAUCUGUUUUCUGAUUAGGUAUAAUAAUAAUAAUUUUGAAAAUGUAGUUAAGUGUAUGGAUUUAAUAAAUUUCAUGUAGAGGAA